AUUACCUACAUCAGAUUGGUAUCAGAGCCAGAUGGCUGAAAGCAGUAGACGGGUGGCUCCCGGGGAAGAACGAAGCCUUGAAGCCCUUUGGGCAGAACAUCGGCGACUAUCGCAGCAUGUCGAGGAAGUUGCUACCGAAGCUCAACAAUUCCAGGCGGAUGUGCGGAGAGACCUGCGUUCAAUCCUGAUGCGAUUGGAUCGUAAUCCGACAAUGCGGACGACAAUGCUGUUUAAUCCCACCGGUAGGCGUGGAAUAGAGGGAGGAAGGGUCCCGAACAGGGAUGCAUCCGAUUCCGACGAAGGUGUGGAAAUGUUCAGAGAUCUGGAACUUUCGGAUUCGGAGGAAGAUACAGGGUAUCAUCACCGGCGGCGAAUAAGAGGGAAUGAUCGACAACACAGCGAAUUUCGCGUGAAGAUGGACAUCCCAUUCUUCGACGGGAGAUUACACAUUGAAGACUAUUUAGAUUGGGAGCGCGCGGUGGAGACAUUCUUCGAAUACAUGGACGUCGAGCCGAUGAAACAAGUAAAGUACGUUGCCUGUAGACUGAAAUCGAGAGCUAGUCCGUGGUGGCUUCAGCUAUUACAGUCUAGAAGAAGAGAAGGCAAAGGACCGGUACGCAGUUGGUGGAGAAUGAAACAACUACUCAGAGGUCAGUUCUUACCGACCGACUAUGAGCAACUAUUAUACAUGCAAUAUCAGCACUGUUCGCAGGGAAAUAGAUCCGUGAGUGACUACACGGAGGAAUUCCACCGACUGUGCGCAAGAAAUAAUUUAAAUGAAAAUUCGAAUCAGUUAGUAGCAAGGUAUGUGGGGGGACUGAAAGAGGCUAUACAAGAGAAAUUGGAGCUAAACACUGUCUGGCCAUUGUCUCAGGCGGUAAACUAUGCUUUAAGGGUGGAAAUGCAAAUGUCCAGGCACGGGAAGAGUAGCCAAGGAAAGAAGUUUGCUGAACCCGCUUCAGACAGCAAUCGUUCAGCCAAUAUGAAUAUGGCUCCAACUGGACGUGUACAAUCCAGCGGUGGAGGAAAUUACAUACCCAACAAUGCUGUCAACAAGACGGGGUGCUUCCAGCAAGGACAUAAAUCUAAUGAGUGCCCAACACGACCCCAAUUACACAUAAUUGAGGCUGAGGAUGAGGAUGCAAUUGACGAGGCAGAUGAGGUUCUCGAAAAUACGCUGGAAGAUGUAGGGGGGGAUGAAGGCGAACCAUUAGUAUGUGUAAUCCAAAAACUGCUCUUCGCACCAAGAGUAGCAGACAAAUCACAAAGAAACCGCAUCUUCAAAACCAAAGGCACUAUUAUUGGGAAAGUUUGUGAUGUUCUGGUGGAUAGUGGAUGCACUGAAAACGUAGUCUCUAAGGCUGCAGUUCUGACUUUGCAACUUAAAACGUCUCCAAACACCCACCCGUAUAAGGUGAGCUGGGUAAAAAAAGGGGUUGAAAUGGCUGUCACUAAAAGUUGCGUUGUUCCAUUUUCCAUUGGGAAAAAUUAUUCAAGUGAAGUAGUAUGCGAUGUAAUCGAUAUGGAUGUAAGCCAUUUAAUCCUCGGAAGACCUUGGCAAUUCGAUAUGGGAGCCACACACGAUUGUAGAUCAAACACAUAUACUUUCAAUUGGAAAGGAAAGGUGCUGAGACUGCUGCCGGGCACAGGGGAAUUAGAACCAAUCGUUCACGAUAAUAAAGCUUCAAUGCUUGUAGUUUUGGGAAAUCAACUACUUCAUGCCUGGAGAACAUCGUCUCAAAUCUUGGCCCUCAUUGUUAAGGAGCAGAAUCAUGCAGUUAAGGAAAGUUGGCCAGAUACUGUGAAGGAGCUGCUGAAGAAAUACGCAGAUCUCGGACCUAUCGAACUCCCAGCAGAGCUACCUCCCUUGAGAAACAUUCAGCACAACAUUGACUUAAUACCGGGAUCAACAAUACCAAACCUGCCACAUUACAGGUUGUGCCCGAAGGAGCAGAAGAUUCUACAGCAAAUUGUAGAGGAACUGUUGGAGAAACAGCUAAUUCAACACAGUCUGAGUCCGUGUGCUGUUCCGGCCUUGUUGGUACCUAAGAAAGACGGAAGCUGGCGCAUGUGUGUAGAUAGCAGGGCAGUGAACAAGAUUACGGUUAAAUUCAGGUUCCCCAUGCAAAGGAUUGAAGAAAUGCUGGAAAGGCUAGCCGGGUCCCAAAUUUUCUCUAAAUUGGACCUAAGAAGUGGGUAUCAUCAGAUAAGGAUUAGACCCGGAGACGAAUGGAAGACAACGUUUAAAACGCGAGAAGGACUUUAUGAGUGGCGUCACCUUGAACAAAUAUUUGAGGCCUUCCGACAACACAAAUUGUAUCUAAAUUUAUCGAAGUGUGAAUUUGCCACGGAGGCUGUAUACUUCCUAGGAUUUAAAAUUUGGUCGGCGGGAGUUUGUGCAGAUCCUAGGAAAGUAGAAGCCAUAGUCGGCUGGCCUACACCUAAAUCCUUCACCGACAUAAGAAGCUUCCAUGGUUUGGCGAAUUUCUACAAGAAAUUUAUAAGGGGCUUUAGUGUCAUCCUUGCUCCUUUGACAGAUGUGUUGAAACAGAAGCAAUUCGUGUGGGGAAGUGAUCAAGAGGCUAGUUUUGAAGCAAUAAAGUCAGCUGUUUCUUCUGCUCCGGUAUUAGCCUUACCAAGAGACGGAUGCUUCUACGGUGGGUAUUGGGGCUGUGUUAACUCAAGAGGGCAGGCCCAUCGAAUUCUUCAGUGA